UCGAAAUAGUUUUUCCAGACGCUGCCGUCGAAGAAUUUGUUAAUUGCGAAACUAUGCAGAUGAAUCCGAGUGUAACAAUUGAAAGAAAACGCGUCGACUGCAGUGUCCUGCCAAAGGGCUGGCAACGCGAUGAGGGGCGAAAGUCGGGCAGCAGCAGUUGCGCCACUACCACCAACAGCAGCAGCAUCAGCAGCAACAACAACAAUAAAGUGGAUGUUUUUUACUACAGUCCAACAGGAAAAAGAGUUGAAGGAAAGCAGCAGGGGGGCGAGGUAUUUGACAUUGGAAGCUUUGAUUUCCAGUCCGGGAAGCUGCAGCAGCGCCAGCUGCCUUCACCAUCGAUAUCGCUGUACCGCUGCAGUGCCAUGCCCCUGCCAAUUGGCGCCGGUGGCGCUGGAGCUGGAGCUUCACUAAAACGGAAAUAUGCCAGGGCCCAGGCAAACAGCGGCAGCGGCGGCGGCGGUAUAGCAGCAUACUCAUCAUCGCCAGCGACAGUGACAGCAGCAGCAACGGCAACAACAGCAGGCGCCUCAUCCUCCACUGCGGCUGGUGGAUCGACCAGCAAUCUGCGCCAGCAACAGCAGAUGGAACUCAGUCGAGCUCUACGCACAGAUGUCUCGCUGGUGCCGCCCAUACGACAGACUGCCUCCAUUUUCAAGCAACCGGUGACACCGAUUGGUAACCAUACCCAGGAUCCCAGCAAGGUGAAGCACGAUUCCAAGCAUGGGGCCCAGGAGAAGCCCAAACAAUUGUUCUGGGAGAAGAGGCUGGAGCGACUGCGUGCAUGCCACGAUAAUGGUGAGGAGCUGGACGAUAUAUCACUGCCCAAGACUAUACGCACUGUCGGCCCAAAUGUCGACGAACAGACAGUCCUCCAGUCGGUGGCCACAGCCCUGCACAUGCUCAAUGCCGGUGUACAUGGCCAGAGCUCGACCAAGGCCGAACUGACCAAGAAUGCCAUGGCAUUCAUGAACCCAGAACAGCCGCUAAUGCAUGCGGUUAUCAUCUCCGAGGAGGACAUACGAAAGCAGGAGGAUCGUGUCGGUGUGGCGCGGCGAAAGUUACAGGAUGCACUCAAGACAUGAGUGACCUGCCACUGAAGCCCUUCCACAUCCAUCAUCUACCAAUUCCAUUGUAGAAUCUACUAACAUCUCUAUUUAUCAUAUUGACGACCUUUUCGAAAUGUACGUUUAAGCCUAGCGUGUAAUAAAAAAUACCAAGAACCACACCGGAAAACGCUGUCAAGCGAAUUUGAAUGGA